AUGGGAAGCAUCGGAAAAGAUUUUGGGUCAAUGAACAUGGACGAAUUACUAAAAAACAUCUGGAACGCCGAAGAAAUGCAAACAACGGGAUCUAACUCCGGCGCCACCGUUCAAGAUCGCGGCGGAGCUGGUGGAGCAAAUUUACAGAGACAAGGAUCGUUAACACUCCCAAGAACAUUAAGCCAAAAAACAGUCGAUGAAGUUUGGAAAGAUUUAUCAAACAACAACGGAUUCGGACACCCGAAUUUACCCCAAAGGCAACAGACUCUCGGAGAGAUGACUCUCGAGGAGUUUCUGGUUAAAGCCGGCGUUGUUCGGGAAGAAAUUCAAUUAUCCGGCGGUAGGCGUAGGUCAGAAUUCCGCCAUUGA